AUGGCCCCGGGCAAGGCUGCCCGACGCGCAUCGACACCUCGAUCGGAGGACCGAUCGAACCCAAGGCGGUCGAACGUAGCCUGCAAUCGAUGUCGCAACCGAAAGACGCGAUGUGCAGGCAACCCGCCCUACCCUUGCGCCGCCUGUAAAGACGCCAACCAGGUCUGCGUCUACUCCGAAGCGGAAAAGCGCGUGUCGAUUCCGGAGAGUUACUUGCGUCAGCUUCAGUCGCAGGCCGCUGGACGCUCCGUAGAGGACUCUCGUCCCUCUUCUUUCUCCAAUCCAAGCCCUACCCAGUCCAGUCCCUUCCCUAGUGUCGAAGUGCCCGUCGAACGAGACGACUGGUGGUACAAGGGAACCGACCAUCUAUUCCUCAAUCGAUCCGGGGAACAUCGUACAGACUUUGUCGGUCCGUCCUCGGCCACUCACUUGGCCAAACGGCUGAAUCCAACGUCCGGCAACCUCGCAUGGGAUAUCCGUCCGCUGUACAAUGAUCCGACAUCCUUACGCCAGUCGGUCAGCCGGGCCCUGCCCCAAAUGCCCCCUUUUGAAUUCGCCAAACGCUUGUUCUGGGUGCACUACACCUACAUUGGAACCAUAUUCUCUCUCAUUCAGCCCCGCGAUUUCGAAGAACGACUCCAUGUUGUUUACAACCAGCCCCCUGACUUUUCCAAUCGGGAGUCCUGUCUGGUUUACUGUCAGGUGCUCCUCGUGAUCGCCUUUGGGCUAAUGUAUUCCGUCAACCAGUGGUCUGGAGACGACGGUCCUCCGGGGUUUAAAUAUUUCAAACAUGCCCUGCGCUUCCUGCCAGAUAUCCACGAAGAGGGGUCGAUCUUCUUUGUCGAGGUGUUAUGCUAUGUGGCAUACUAUAUGCAGAAUCUCAACCGACGCGAUGCGGCUUUCCUUUACGUAUGCUCACUCCACCAUGGGAUAACCCGAGUGUAUGCUAACGGAGUGAAGAUCGGGCUGGCCCUUCGGAUGGCAAUCUCCCUCGGUCUGCAUCAGGAAGUGUCAGACCCCACUAUCAGUGAGGAGGUUCGAAAUCGUCGCCGCCGCGCUUGGUGGUCGGUGUAUAGCUUGGAUCGUUUACUCUCCGUCAAGUCCGGAAAUCCUAUUACCAUUCAAGAUGAAGAUAUUGGGACGACGUGGCCUGUUCCUACACCCGGAUCGAGUGAUAUACCGUGGCCGUCUGUUGUCCUAACCCAUUAUACUCAACUGUCCAGAAUUCUGGGACGUAUUGGAGAAGAAAUCUACCGCAAGAAGCCCCGCACAGGUACCAACCUACUUGCGUCGGCGCAGAGUAUCACGACCGAUCUAUCCGAGUGGCUGCAGCGGGUGCCAGACGGUCUUCGAAUCGACUUCUCUACCCUGGACACGCACAUCAACCGCGAGUCGGUUUCGACUUUCCUCCACUUCUACUCGUGCAUUAAUAUGACCGCACGACCCUUGGUUUUUUAUGUCAUCCAGCGACGACUUGAGGCGGAGUCGCGAGGCUCGGCGACGGAUGACUGGAAGGAGGGGCUGUCCCAAAGCACAGUGGCCGUGAUUGACAGUUGCAUCACUGCAGCUCGUGCCACAACGAUCAUUAUGGAUGCUGCUGCGAAGCAUAAUCUUGUUGCAACGUACGGCUAUCUCGACGGCGAGUACGCGUUCUCAGCGGCCCUUCUCCUGGUGAUGGUCAAUGCAGUCUUCCCUCAUAACGACGCCAACGCACGCACAAUGGAGAUGGCAUUGAACCUGCUGCGUAGUAUGGCGGACCGCGGGAAUACGUAUUUGGGGGCCCGACACGCGUUAUUACUCGAGUUGCAGUCCGCGAUUGGACCCAGCAGCUCCCGGAAGAGCGGUAACACAAUGGACGCCCCAGUCACACCGUCCAGCACGAUUCAGCAGGCAACCCCGGCGACGAAUACGUUUGAGGAACCAGCACCGGUGUUGUCGACCGAGUGGCCGUUGCCGCAGGACUUGCCGUCGAUGCGCGAUAUGACGCUGAAUUUUGACAUAAAUGAUGAUCCUGGGCUGUGGGAAGAGGUCUUGGGGCAGAUUGAUAUAGAUAUGGAUACGGAUUGGAUUGAGAAUACGCUGCGACGAUGA